CAUGUUUUUGAGGACCUUCGGAAGCCGAAGGCCCCCAACAGUAUUUUAUUUUAAGAGCUCAACAGAUCUAGAACAUCUUUAAGUUGAACACCUUUAAGAUUAUAUAUAUAUAUAUAUAAUUUCAAAACAUGAAUAUUCAUGCUAGUAUAGACUAGAUUUAUUAUAUUUAAAACCAUAGAAAAUCACGAUUCACAAUCAAAUGGCUGAUUGGUUUAAGCUGUGCUAACCACUUAAUCGUGUAAUACUCAUACUAGCCACUGCCACUGUACUAGGGUGACGGCCUCACUAUAUGAAUUAUAUUAGUUGGCACAUGGCUCGCCAUAUUAGGUAUAAAUAUAGGUGCCAGAAUGCUUAGUGUCCUUGUGGGCUGCAAGUGGGCUGGCUGAUGACCGCGCUUUGGGCCCAUUGUCUCUCUCAGCCAGUCGUCGUCCACCUGUGCCUGAGUGAACUGGACGAAAAAGGUUUACUUCCUCACUUCCCACAAAGUUCGGCUGGCCACAUCCUCAUGCUCAUGCUCAUGCACGGUCCUUCUCAAGAGGAAUGGUCCAGGGGCUCUGCAUUCCCCGCAUGACUCUCUUGGACGUGCGGCCAUGGUAAUGGCAGCAGCAGAGGGGGGAGAGAGAGGGCUGGGAGAGGCCACAAUUGGCCCGGUUGCUCCGCCCGAUCUAUAUGUACACUAUGAGGGCGUCCCGGGUGCAAAAAUAGACAGUCGUUGUUGCUGCUCCUCCGAUCUUCUUCCCUCUUCUCCUUUCCUUCCUCCCAGCCGCGCGCGCGGAGGGAAGGAGAAGAAGAGAUUAGAAGGGCGCCGGAAGGAGAAGAACACAGCUACAUUGACUAGCCAAUAACUAGGAAAAAAACAAAAUUAGGGUCGGCUGGGCAGGCCGCGGCGCGCGGUGGGCGAGGACGGGAGCAGGCUUCCACGCGCUCUUCUCUCUGCCUUCAUCUGAUCGAUCGGUUCAAGAACACGCCGGAAUUGAAGUCUCGCAUUGCACUUGCACACCGCCGAGAGCCUCGAUCCAUGCCUCCGCCUGCCCCUGCCAUCGCCGUCGUGCCGCUGCCGCCGAGCCGCCGCCGCUUACCGGCUGCGACGGCUGCUACUGACUGAUCGCUCUGGAUGUAGCUAUAGGUACCUCUCGCUCGAUUGACAUGCUGUUCAUAUAACCUCUAACAAGCCUCAAGAAUCAAACGCAAACAAAGAAGCCGCCCUGCCAGCGGCUGCCACUGGCGCCGGAGGCAGCAACCGCUCGUUAGCCAGGAUGGCAAUCGCGGUCGGCCAUUUUCACGACCUCAAGCCCCCCGCCGUGCGGAACCGGCACUACAGCCUCCACACCGUCGCGCUGCUCGACAGCCCGCUGCUCGACAGGGAUCAUAGGGAGCACGGCGCCGCCGGAGGGGGCCACACCGGCCUGUCCCCGCGGCGCCGGAGCCAGUCCUCCCCGUGCUUCACGACCGUGGCGCCUGCUGCCGGCUCGGAGCACGCGGACCGGUCCGAGAACAAGAUGCCGCGCGUGGAGAUCGUCGCGGGCCGCCACGCCCGCGGCGUGCGCGAGCUCAUCGCUGGCGCCGCGGCCGCCAUCACGUCCGGGACCCGGCUUGUCCCCGCGCAGAACGGCCUCAGUGGUGCGCUGCUGCUCAACGGCAGCCGCGCUGGCGAGCACGUCGCCGUCAUCAAGCCGCUGGACGACGCGGCGACGGCGAACGGUGGCGGUGGUGGGUAUGCAAGCAAGACCGUGCUGCGGGAGGUGGCCGCCUUCCUCCUCGACCACGACGGCUUCGCCAGCGUGGAGCCGACCGCGCUGAUCAAGAUCUCGCGCCCCGCGACGGCGACGACGACCGUGGCGUCGAUCCAGCGCUUCGUGGCGCACGAGUACGACGCCGGCGAGCUGGGCCCCUCGCGGUUCUCGGUGGCUUCCGUGCACCGAGUCGGCAUCCUGGACGUCCGCCUCCUCAACAUCGAUCGGCACGCCGGCAACAUCCUCGUCAAGGACCCGCCGCGGGGCUUACAGCGCGCCCACGGAAGCUCAUCCACGCCGGCGCGGCUCGACCUCGUGCCGAUCGACCACGGGCUCUGCCUGCCGGAGCAGCUCGACGACCCGUACUUCGAGUGGCUGCACUGGCCGCAGUCCUCCCUGCCCUUCUCCGACGACGAGCUGGCGUACGUGGCGUCGCUGGACCCGUUCAAGGACGCCGAGACGCUCCGCGCCGAGCUGCCGUCCCUGAAGGAGCCCGCCAUCCGGAUACUCACCGUCUGCACCAUCUUCCUGAAGCGCGCUGCCGCUGCCGGGCUCUGCCUCGCCGACAUCGGCGACAUGAUGACCCGCGAGUUCACGGCUCAGCAGGAUGGGCUGAGCACACUCGAGGCGCUAUGCAAGCAAGCGCACGACUCCGUCCUCCCACACCCCUCGCCCGACGGCGACGGCGACGGCGUCGACGAGAGUACAAGCGUCUCCGGCGGGCGGAAACACGUGUCGUUCGGCGACCUGAGCCUCGCGGAGUGGACGUCGUUCCUGGAGAUGUUCGAGCAGCUGCUGCCGGCGGCGCUCGAGGACAAGAAGUGCGCUGUGCUAGGGACGUCGUCGUCGUUUUGACCGUGCUACGUACAAGUCAAUCACUACCGCCACCAUUUGCAUGCAUACAUGCGUGAGUGCGUGCGUGCGUGCGUGCUUGCGUGGAUGCAAAAUAAUACACGUGUGCAUGCCAGCUUGACGGGUAACUGGGCCUGCAUGUGCAUGCACCUACUAGCUCCGUCUGGAUGCCUUUUGUGUGUCUACUACGUAGGGUACGACCUUGUACGGUGGCAUUGGCAUGCAUGCUGUUGGGAUGGGACUUGGGACUUGGUGGGAGCUGCUGUGGAACACCCUUCCAAAGAAGCUGACGUGUCGGGCAAUGCCACCCGUCACCCGAUACCUUGAACAGCAACGACUCUUCCCAGGCGGGCGUGUCUCCACAAAUCUGUCAUCACAUACACAACACGUACGAGAAGUACCCUGGAAAUUGUAUCUACGACAGUAGUUCGAUCAGUGUGGAUUUUUCCGCAAUGACGGCCACACGCCGGAGACUACAUUAUGGUACACAAUAAAACCCCGUGCUUUUCGGCGGGAUUACAUUAGAAAGCAGAUAGAGAAAUGUAUAGUUGUUAUUGCCUUUUGGAAAUACAUGGAGGAUGGAAACUGUUCAAGGUGUGUGAUGGCAGAAAAUUUAGCAGAGCAUGUAUAAAUGGGAGUUGCUGAAUCACAGGUGUCUGAUUUU